UAAAUAGAGGAAAUUCGAAACUAUUUUAGCGUGGGUAGGAGGAGGAUCCGCUGGUGUAUCGUUAUAGAAGCCAAAAUGGAGUUAAAAGGGACAAUUGUCGUGUUGUUUGCAUCCAUAUUGAGUGUUCCAAUUGCAUAUGCCGUUAACUUAAUACCCGGAAUCACAGAGAAACCGGUGGCAAUAUUUAUAAAUGGCCUGGCGUGUUUACUGCUAGCAUUCCUUGUACCAGCUUUAGCUAAAUAUUUCAAGUUGGUACAGAAUGACGAUCCUCUGUACUAUGCUAUGAGCAUACUAACAUUUGCCGCUGUUAUUGAUUUGACCAUUGCCCUGGAGAAUGAUGGCUUUGUGCACAGUGUUAUGGCAUUUUAUUUUGUAAGCGGUGAACCAUACCUGAAGAGUGGCCAUGGUUCGGGCAUCAACUAUCAUGACGGAAUCAUUCAUUUUGCUUGCUACAUCAUCAUUUUGCUUGCCAUAGAUAAUAGGAAGGACUACCGAGAGGUUGGCUUGUUCUGGGGUGGUUCCAUCAUUAACAGUCUCAUUGUGCUAAUGGUGGGCGGAGCUGUAGGUAAACAUGGAGCAAAUUGGUCAAUGCUGUUAAAUGUGAUAUACAUGGUGGUCCCUCUUUGGAUAACAAAGAAAGUACUGGAUAAACCAUCCAACUUGAAGGGAAACUCUGGAAAUGAAAGCAUACUGAAAAGACCAUUUGAUAUUGUCACCAUUUUAUUACUGCUGUCAACAAUGUUCAUCUAUAUCUUUAAAGGAUUAGCAGCGCUUGGAUGUAACUCAACUGUCACACUGAAAUUAGUGAACAAAUCUGAGCCAUAUCUUUCAGAUCCGAUAGCCUUUCCAAAAAUUCAGAUGGUGACAUAUUUAUUCUACUUCGUGCCUUUUUGUGCCUUUGCCAGCUAUUCUUUGUUUAAUGGGCCUGCUAAACAAUGGUUUCUUGACUGGCUUAUUAUCUACGCAGGAGCAACAUUGAAUGGCCAGAUUCCAUACAUAUUUGCUUCCCUCCAUCACUUAACGGAAAAGAAGUACCGUCUUCCAAACACUGCAGAUGCAAAAUGGUCGUUUUGGACUCAGAACCUCUACCUCCUCAUUGUCCCCCAGCUGCUGCUCGUCUACUACUGCUGGACCAAUUUAAAGGCCAGGAAGAAAGGCAGCAGUGGUAACAGCAUCAACAGCCCCCUUAAGACACCGAGCAGAAAACCAAACAGCGGGGUUGCAAAUUCUGCUGGCCGCUACAACUUAAGGAACCGAAACGUACCCAAAGAUCUAGAUUAGUUAUGGCUAGAAUCAAAAUAACAGACAAUGGAUAUAUAUUUUUAAAAUGGCAUAUGUUUUGUAUUUGCUGAAAGCUUUUUUAUUUGAAAACCAAUAAGCUGUUGAUUUCAUUUUUAGAAUUUUCCGAUGAUUAGAUUUUGAUAAAUUUUAUAGUAAAUUUUAAAUUUGGGUCAUAUAUGAUGUCUUUUUUGGGGUGUUUUUUUUUUUACACGUUCAUUUCAUUAGUAUGAAAGCAAAUGAUUGACUUUGGAAAAAAACGUUCCACCUUGUUUGCUCAAUUUUACACAGAAAUUUUAUUAUUGAUCAUUCAUAGACAAUGUGAUUGUGGAUAUUGUAUUACAUGUACUAAGUACAUGUACAUUUCACAGAAUUGGCUUUUUAUAAAUGAUAAAUUUACAUCUAGUAACAUGUAUAUUUUAUCUUCUUGGAGUACAGUUUUUACACCCUAGUCCCAUUGUCAGCUAACUGUAGUUGUAUAACCUUAUAAUCACAGGCUUUGUUUUUAGUUUAUGUAGUCAGUAUAAAAGUAACAAAAUAGUACUUUAUAACCAAAUUUGGUGUAAAGUUUUAAGAAAUAUAUUAUAUCUAUAAAUGUAUUUACAAGUUUGCUUUUACAAGUUAGGGAACACAAUAGCACAAUUCAUUUUGUAAAUUCAAAUUUUUAGUGAUUUUUUUUUUUCAUGAAGUGGUGUUUAAUAUGAAUAUAAGAAUUUUAAACAUGAAACAGAAAUGUACCAGGGUAUUAUUUUGUGACAUUGUAUCUUCAUUUGAAGCAAAGUAUGGGUGAAUAUUAUAGUUGUGUUUACUUAUAGUGUUCAUUACAAUAUGUAAUGUAGCUUUACCUCACAAAUUUGUACAUAUAUUAUUUCAUUAGAGCUUAUAUUAAAGGUAAAAAUCGUACGAAUACA